AUGAAUUAUGUCAUUAUAGGAGAUGAAUUGUUCAGAAGAACCCAAGAUGGGUUGACAUUGUUAUAUAUUGGAGGGUUAAAACAGAUGCAAGUCGUGGAAAAAGUCCAUGAGGGCAUUUGUGGUGCUCACCAAGCAGGGAUAGUACUCAAUGGUGAUGAAGUAAUGGAAUUUGCCAAAGAGUAUGGCAUUCAAAUGUUGAACUCAUCUCCAUAUUAUGCCCAAGCAAAUGGGCAAGCAAAGUCAUCAAACAAAACAAUCAAAGUGACACUAAGUAAAGUGAUAGAAGACAAUCCAAGGGAUUGGCAUGAGUUAUUAUCUGAGGUUUUGUGGGCCUACAGAAAUUCAAAGAGGGAUAGCAUUCAAGGAUCUCCUUAUGAGUUAGUUUAUGGUUAUGUUGCAAUUCUACCUUUAGAGGUGACAGUAAAGUCUAGUAGGAUGGCUAAGCAUUAUGAUAUUCCUAUCGAUGAGUAUGUAGAAGCCAUGUUUAUGGAGUUGCAAGAUGUAGAAUGCAAAAGGAUUGAUGCCUUUGAUCGUAUGAUGGCUUAG